ACAGACAGAAAGAAACAAGAAAAGAGACAGAGACAGCGAGACAAUUCAGAGAGAAAUAGAGACAGAAAGUGGGGAACAGAUGAACUCUUGGGAGUCAGAGAUUUAAAAAAAAAAGUGGAGAGAGACUGACAGAUAGGGAAAGAGAAAUAAACGAAAUAAACAGACGAUUAGACACCAAAGAGGAAGAGAGACAGACUGAAGUGAGGCCGAGAGGGAGGAGAGAGAAGCCGGGUGGAGCGUGCCAGCUGGCGGCAAGGAGGGUCGCCUGGCCUGGGAGAUGUAGUGGCUGCCAUCUGGGGGCGGGGGGCAGGGGGCAUGGGAGGGGCAGGCCUGCUGCUGCUGCUGCUGCUGCUGCUGGCUGGGGUGGGGGCGGGGGAGGCCUGGAGACCCCCAAAGGGAAAGUGUCCUCUGAGAUGUUCCUGCUCCAAAGACAGCGCCCUGUGCGAGGGCUCCCCGGACCUGCCGGAGAGCUUCUCCCCGACUCUGCUGUCGCUCUCACUCGUUAGGACUGGAGUCACCCAGCUGAAGGCCGGCAGUUUCCUGAGGGUCCCGUCACUGCACCUGCUCCUCUUCACCUCCAACUCCUUCUCCGUGAUUGAGGACGAUGCGUUUGCAGGCCUGUCCCACCUGCAGUACCUCUUUAUCGAGGACAACGAGAUUGGCUCCAUUUCCAAGAACGCGCUCAGAGGACUUCGCUCACUCACUCACCUGAGCCUUGCCAAUAACCAUCUCGAGACCCUGCCCAGAUACCUCUUCCGAGGCCUGGAGACCCUGAUUCAUGUGGACCUCCGAGGGAACCCGUUCCAGUGUGACUGCCGCGUCCUCUGGCUGCUGCAGUGGAUACCCACCGUGAACGCCAGCGUGGGCACUGGGGCCUGUGCCGGCCCCACCGCCCUGGCCCACAUGCAGCUCCACCACCUCGACCCCAAGACGUUCAAGUGCAGAGCCAUAGAGCUGUCCUGGUUCCAGACCAUCGCAGAGUCGGCGCUGGGUGUAGAGGCUUUCUCCUACCAGGGGGAGCCCCACAUCGUCCUGGCACAGCCCUUUGCCGGCCGCUGCCUGAUCCUCGCCUGGGACUACAGCCUGCAGCGCUUCCAGCUGGAGGAAGAGCUGUCUGCGCCCUCCGUGGUGUCCUGCAAGCCGCUGGUGCUGGGCCCGCGCCUCUUCAUGCUGGCCGCCCGCCUGUGGGGAGGCUCGCAGCUGUGGGCCCGGCCCGGCCCCGACCUGCGCCUGGCCCCGAUGCAGGCCCUGGCCCCGCGCCGGCUGCUGCGGCCCAAUGAUGCCGAGCUCCUGUGGCUGGACGGGCAGCCCUGCUUUGUGGUGGCCGACGCCUCCAAGGCGGGAAGCACCACGCUGCUGUGCCGGGACGGGCCGGGCUUCUACCCGCGCCAGAGCCUGCACGCCUGGCACCGGGACACGGACGCCGAGGCCCUGGAGCUGGACGGCCGGCCCCAUCUGCUGCUGGCCUCGGCCUCGCAGCGGCCGGUGCUCUUCCACUGGUUUGGGGGCCGCUUCGAGAGGCGCACGGACAUCCCGGAGGCUGAGGACGUCUACGCCACCCACCAUUUCCAGGCUGGCGGGGAUGUGUUCCUGUGUCUGACACGCUACAUCGGGGACUCCAUGGUCAUGCGCUGGGAUGGCUCCAUGUUUCGCCUGCUACAGCAGCUUCCCUCACGUGGUGCCCACGUCUUUCAGCCACUGCUCAUCGCCAAGGAUCAGCUGGCUAUCCUGGGCAGCGACUUCGCCUUCAGCCAGGUUUUCCGCCUUGAGCCUGAUAAGGGGCUCCUUGAGCCACUGCAGGAGCUGGGGCCCCCGGCCUUGGUGGCCCCACGUGCCUUUGCCCACCUCACCAUGGCUGGCAGACGCUUCCUCUUUGCUGCUUGCUUCAAGGGCCCCACACAGAUCUACCAGCAUCACGAGUUAGACCUCAGUGCCUGAGACUAGAGGGCACCCUGGACGAAGCUGGCAAAGGGCCAGCAUGGGGAGUCCUGGGCCUCUGGAUGCCCUCUUGACUGGCCUCCUGGCCCUACUCAGAGGUGACAGCUGGUCUAGUGAGCUACUGACCACAGGCCAAGUUCGAGGCAAGAGCUGCCCUUCCAGUUUUAAACAUCUCGAUUGGGGGGCAGAUAGCCCCUGCCCCUUCUAGGGUGACUUGGGGGGCUCAGGCUGGGGUCCCGCUGCACGGAGCCAAAAUACAAAAAUCAUGUGGGGAAGAUGUGCAGAGCUCAUGAAGUCUAGAAGCACCCCCCUCAACCUACUCCCACCCGUCCAGUUCCACGUUACUCAGUUUCAAAUUACUGAGGAGACAGCUUUCCUUUCCCUUUUAAACUCAAUCCGACCAAUCGCUUUUAGUGCCCGCCUCUCUGACGUCAUGAGUCGCUAGGCAAAUUUCCCUGUCUGGCUCUCCUAACUUCCUCCCCUGCUUGUGCGCCUGCGUGUUGCCGAGGCGGAAGCGCAGCGCGCCGUCAGUCUUCCGCGUGCGCAGGAAAUAGGUGGGCAAGUGAGAGUUUAGUGCCGGGGAUCUUCGAGUAACUCUCUUAGUCGGUGGCGAGGGCGAGGACGGAAAGUGUAUGAGCUCAAUAAAUGCGCUGUGCACCCGCA